UCUGUUCUCGCCCACAGGACGUGGAAAUAACUGCGCUUGGCACACCUCUGCAGUACACAUCUACUAGCUAUACAAUGGCCGAGCAGGUAGCUUCCCAGUCGACCCUCGCCGCUCCCACAGGCGUGUCGCCUCAGUCCUCUGAGAAGACCCUUAAACGCAAGCUUGAGGACGCCCUCCAAACCCUCGACGAAGCUGUCGGACCGACGACGCCCUCUCUAACACGCCCACCGCCACUCAAGCGACUACGCACUGCACGUUCCAUCUACUCCACCCUGGCGAAGUAUGGGAUCAAGAAGGACUCAAGACCACCGACACCAACUGGCGAUCUGGAGCGUCUGUCAAAGACGGCUCCCCACUUAGCAGCCAUUUUGACUCGUACUGCGACACGCACAAGAAAGGCCCUCCCGUUUCGUUUCGGCCAGCCGACGAAGUCUUCCAUCGUCACUUCCCCCUCUACUAGUGAUUAUCGACCCUCCUCAACCGCCUCAUUCCUCGCACGCCUCUCAACAUACAAGCUCUCUACCUAUGGCAACAAGCCACCUGCCAUUGAUGCGGUCGCAGCAUCCAAAUGUGGAUGGAUCAACGACGGAAAGGACCGCCUUGUCUGUGGCCUUUGCGGCGUUUCAUGGGUCGUUGGGAACCGCGACGGCAUGACCCGUGAAGCUGCAAAUGCCCUCGUCGAGAAGCAACGAGUCCAAUUGAUAGAAGCACACAAGGAAGGCUGUCCAUGGAAGACUCGCCAAUGCGAUGAUUCCAUCUACCACGUCCCUUUGCAAGCGCCCCUGGCUACCAUCCGGGAUAUCAAGUCUCGCGCCGUUAUCUUGGAUACCGUCAUGUCUGGCGUAGAGAUCAAGCAUCCUCUCACCGCUGCUCAGAUUCAUUCCAUUCUGAGCAUCAUCACAUCGGUUUCGCUACCCUCCUCCGCAGUACUAGAUGACUCUCCACCGUCAACACCACAGCGAGAGUCUACUCCCACGCCAACUGCUAGUCGUUCCGAGCCGUCUGAGGUCGCGGUUCUCACCGCUUUCUUUGGAUGGUCCAUCCUUCCUCCGGCAUCAUUCUCAGAACCAGUGAAGACCCCGUCGCUUUCUCGUGCCACAUCUGUCAUGCCUGCGACCCCCUCACGCGCCGCUUCGCGCGCCUCCUCCGUCGCUCGGGAUGGUACACCUACGCCGAGCACUCCGCGUCCGGCCUUUCGUACGCCCUCGACAACUUCUCUCAACUUCCAGUUCUCCGCGAACAGCCCGGCGCGCGCGGACACAACACUUCUGCACUGCACGCUCUGCCAACGGAGAGUCGGUCUUUGGGCGUUCCUUCCGAAACGCGAAGAGGAUGACCUCAUGAACGGCGGGGACGCCACAGAGAAGGGUGCGAACGGUGCUGCGAAGUCACAGCAGCAACGACAGCUCGACAUUCUGCGCGAGCAUCGGCCGUACUGCCCUUACGUCGUCCGCUCGACGACCGUUCCGUCACUCCCCACGCCUCCAUCGGCCACGCCUGCUGCGCCUUCAAAGGCGCAUCAGCGCUCUCCCUCGCUCGGAUCCCUUGCCAGUACGAACUCCUCCGCGACGCUUGUGAACGUCCAGCCGAGCACGAUGGAGGGCUGGCGCGCCGUGUUGACGGUCGUCUCGCGGUACGGCACGCUGCAGCGCCAGCGGCUGGGCCUCAGCCGGGCGCCGAGCAUGCGCAUGGGCGACGCCUCCGAGAGCGGGGACAACGGGGACGCACAGGUGGACCCGAUUGAGGCCAUGGUCGCAGAUGUGAAGAGUCGUGGGGGACGAGAUCUGUUGAAGUAUGUCAAGGGACUGCUCGGAUGAUAGGUUUGCGCGUAUCUUGAACAUUUGUAACACCACAUUCAAUCGCUCGCCGGUGCUCAUAGAGCCUCCCCAGAAUGUACUUUCUAGUCAAACUAUGCUAUCG